CAGUCUGUUCAGGCAGCGGUUGUAAACACGGAAGUGCUGCCCCAUUCCAAUCUUUCUGGCCGUGGAGCAGCUCGCUUUAACGGCUCGGAGCAGUGGCGUGUUGCCGUGACGGUGAACAGAAUGGCCGGCUCUCCUAAGGUGACUGUGGCCGUGACGGUGGUUCUAGCUGCGGUGAUAAUUCAGGCGAACUGCAGCUCCUUCGGACUGAGGAGAGUAAGAAACGCAAAGGUUUUGGGUUUUGACUGGAAAAACUGUGGACAGCCUGAAGCUCCGGCUGUGCUAAAGACCCUGACCCUGUCCCCAGAUCCCAUCAACAUCCCGGGAUCGCUGUCAGCCGCCGCAUCUGGAUCCACAGUGGUCGAGCUCGCCGCUCCUCUCUCUCUAAAUGUGACCCUGGAGAAGAAGGUGGCGGGUUUCUGGGUGAAGGUCCCCUGCCUGGAAGAACUGGGAAGUUGUCACUAUAAGGACGCCUGUGACAUCCUGAACCAGCUGAUCCCACCGGGACAGGACUGUCCCGAGCCGCUGCACACUUACGGCCUGCCUUGCCGCUGCCCCUUCAAAGCUGGUUCGUACUCACUGCCUCAGUCCGAGUUCUACCUGCCCUACAUGGAUCUGCCGUACUGGCUCACCAACGGGGAUUACAGGGUCCAGGGAGACCUGGGUGGCGGGGGCAAAGAGCUGGGAUGCCUCAAACUGUCUCUGUCCAUUCACUCCGACUGAGGAGACGUUUCACAGCAGCUUCAUGUUUCUGUUCAUCCGCACGGAAAUGUGAAAGAAACAGAGGAACCACAAGCUUUAUAAAUGAGCGUCACCUUUCUAUUUUAUAUUUGAUUCAGAUUUCAGCAGCUUGGUUUCUCCACAACAGGCGGAACCAGAUACAGUUAAGUGGAUCAGGUACUACUGAUGGUGUGUCAUUUAACCUGGAUCAGGAUUUUUAACAUUGCAAUCCAUUCAUGUUAGAUUUUUUUUUUUUUAGCAACAACAGAAAAUAAUAUUUAAUCAAGAAACAGGUGCAGAUUCUACUGAGAUUCUUCCAAUAGAUAUGAUUUAUCCUUUUGUUUCUUUCUCUGCUUUUUAUAAAUGCGAAGGUUUUGGAAACAAGAGAAGUUUGUUUUUUUCACAUGAGCCUUUUCUUCUUUUUAAAUCUUGUCACAAUGUGUAUUUUUAUAAAUCUCUGUUUAGCUUGAAUAUGAUUUUUUUUUCUAUUCAGAGUAGCAUUAAAAACAGUCAUAAUGACAGUUUUAUUUUAAAUACCUAUUUUAAUGCAUAAUUUAACAGUUUCAUUAAUCCUGCACUUCUUCCUGUAGGAGUUUAUUAAACAUUCAGAUAAUUUGUUUUUACAAAACUAUUUGUUUUAUUGGAUUAAAAUAACAAACUGUUGUUUUUAAGGUGAUUCUAUUGAUUUAACCAAAUCGGUAAAAAUAGUAGUUUAAUGAACAUGCUUUAUGUUGUUACAUGCAGAACUCCCAGUAUUUAAGGUACCAUUACAUUUCCUUUUUACUUAUAAAGAUUUACAUCAGCUUAGAAAAAGAUCAGUGUAUUUUCAUCAGUAAUCAGUUUAAAGAACAAAACAAACCUUUUACAUCCACCUUUUUAGUAAUAAAACACAAUUAUUGCAGCAUUGAGGAUACAACUUCAAAAGGUUCUAAAUUGUCAAAUCUAAUAAAAUAAUGCGCAGUGCUUUUUGGGGGGGAGGUGGGUUGUUACACAGUAACAUUUUGUUUUAUUCCUGUUUUAUCUGCAGCAUUCAUAAGGCUAGAUGCAAGUGAUUUUGUGUUUUUUUUUUUUUUUUUUUUGCUUGAGUGAGAAUGUCUUUAAUUUUAGUUAAUUUUAUUGUUUUGAUGGUGAAAGGGUUUUAACAAAGCUAUUACUUAGAUAUAUUUUAAUUGUAUCCGGUAUUUUCAGUUUAUCAAAGUGCCUGCUCUUAUUUUUAUUUUUUUUUUAAAGAAGAAACUCCAAGAAAUCAGUGUCUCUGUUUGUAUAACUGUUUAAAUAUAAAAAGGUUUUCAUUAUGAAAAUGAUGGUACUGUCAUACAUGCAUCUGUGGUUUUAUUUUGUAAGGUGAUGACCAAUCCUUGAAGUUCUUGCGCUUCUUUGUUUUACAAGAUGCUGCUACAUGUUUUCCCACCAGGUGACAGUAUUUCCCACUCUCUCGUCACAGGAUUUAACAAAACGAAUAUUUCUUCUCAGACUUUUUGCAUCCUGUUUUACAGUGUGUCGGCAGAAGAUGACCAUAAAACACAUCUUGAUCAUCACA